AUCUCCCUGUGGACGAUGCUGCAGGGCUCAGGACCCGGCCCCGCCCACCGCGGUCACGUGACGCGCCCCGCCCGACACGUGACUCGCCUGACCCGGAAGUGGCGCGCGGGGGACGCUGACGCUGGAACAAAGAUGGCGGCCCGCGGCGCUGGGGCCGUGCUGGGGCUGCUGCUGCUGCUGCUGCUCCGCGCGGGCCCGGCCCGCGCCCGCGUCCACCACCUCACCCUCAAAGAUGAUGUGAGGCAGAAAGUGCACCUGAAUACCUUUGGUUUCUUCAAGGAUGGUUUCAUGACAGUGAAUGUCAGCAGCCUUUCCCUGCAUCCAGAACCAAGCCCUGAUGACAUGGACAGUUUAUCAGUGGGGUUCAGUUUGGAUCGAACAAGUAAUGAUGGUUUCUCCACUUACCUGGAUGAAGAAGUGGAUUAUUGUAUCUUGAAGAAGACUCCAGAGCCAGAUGUCUUUGUUGUAAUCUUACUUCUGGACAUCCGAAAUAAAGUUGUGAAAGUACGGUUCUCUUCAGAAGCUGCUUCUUUGUUACCUAAAAUUUUAUUUGUAUCUGAGGAAAAUGGUACUGCCUUAAACACCAAACUGCUAAAAACUUCUGAACUGAGCAGUGAUUCUGAUAAAAAACCUCCAAAGACCAGUGAAAAUACAGGUGACCAAGAUAACAAGUCCAAACGAAGUACAACAUCCUCCCAGAGCAUGGUAGAACAAGAACAUCCUGUACGCCAUGUCGAAAGAAUUUUUUCGUUUCAGUUCUUUUUUAACAUCAGCUCGGAUAAACAAGAAGGUCUCUACAGCCUGUAUUUCCAUAAGUGUGUUGGCAAGAAAGGGCCAGCUAAUGAUCAGCUGCUGUUUAGUCUUGAUAUAGAUAUUACGGAAAAGAAUCCUGAAAGCUACCUCUCAGCAGGUGAAAUCCCACUGCCAAAACUUUACAUUUCCAUGGCUCUCUUCUUUUUCCUGUCUGGGACUGUAUGGAUCCACAUACUUCGUAAACGCAGAAAUGAUGUCUUUAAGAUCCACUGGCUCAUGGCAGCCCUUCCUUUCACCAAGUCCUUGUCCUUAGUCUUCCAUGCGAUCGACUAUCACUACAUCUCUUCUCAGGGAUUCCCCAUCGAGGGCUGGGCUGUUGUUUAUUACAUCACUCACCUACUGAAGGGAGCUCUCCUGUUCAUCACUAUUGCCCUCAUUGGCACAGGCUGGGCUUUCAUUAAACACAUCCUGUCAGAUAAAGACAAAAAAAUUUUCAUGAUUGUCAUCCCACUUCAGGUACUGGCAAACGUGGCCUACAUUAUCAUAGAGUCAACAGAGGAGGGGACAACUGAGUAUGGACUGUGGAAAGAAAUCCUUUUCCUGGUGGACUUGCUGUGCUGUGGAGCCAUCCUGUUCCCAGUGGUAUGGUCAAUAAGACAUUUGCAAGAGGCUUCAGAAACAGAUGGGAAAGCUGCCAUUAACCUAGCAAAGCUGAAGCUCUUCAGACAUUACUAUGUCAUGAUUGUGUGUUACAUUUACUUCACACGGAUCAUUGCAAUUCUCAUAAAGAUUACUGUUCCAUUCCAGUGGAAAUGGCUGUACCAGCUGCUGGAUGAAAUGGCCACACUGAUGUUCUUUGUGCUCACUGGGUACAAGUUCCGUCCAGCAUCAGACAACCCUUACCUACAGCUCUCUCAAGACGAGGAGGAUGACUUGGAGAUGGAAGCUGUGGUGACCACUUCAGGAGUAAUGGAGGGCAUGAAGAAAGUCAAGAAGGUGGUGAAUGGUUCAGCAGAGCCUCAGGGCGAAUGGGAAAACACAGCAUGAUGGACUGGACUAAGGCAGCACUUUCAGAGAAACUUUUUUAAUUUAUUAAUAUUACUCUCAGUGGAAAGGGAGCAACUUGCACUCCCCACCACUGAAACUGCAGAGUGGGGUGUGUCUAGGGAGAGCAAAGCAGUGCAGAAAUAUAACUAUUCCUUUGAUCAUAA